AUGGAAAAGGAUCGCAAAGCUCUUGAGUCACAAAUAAACACAGUAAAUACCAAAUUGGACGCCUUGGAGAGAUACAUUCGCAAGACGAGUAUUGAGAUACGUAAUGUUCCAAAAAUAAGAGGUGAAACUAGGGAGACUUUAUUCAAAUAUGCACACACCCUAAUCACGAACUUAAAUGUACCUAUGGAACAAAAAAAUCUUCGUGAUGUCCAUCGUUUGCCAAGCAAGGCUGAGUUAGGGAGUAGUCUACAUAAGAGUCAGGUAAUUGAUGCAGUAAAACGCUAUAUUAAAGACAAUCCUAAGGAUUCACUUAACUGUACUCAUAUGGGAAUUAUGAAUGUUAAAUCAUCAAUUUACGUAAGUGAACAUCUGAAAACAAAAUCUAAAAGACUAUACUUUCUUGCAAGAGAUGUAGCCAAAACUAUGGGUUAUUCAUAUUUUUGGACGUCAAACGACAAUGUGUACUUGCGCCGUAAAGAAGGAGACCCUCACAUUCUCAUAAGAACCGAAUCCCAGCUGUUCGAACUUAAAAAUACUAAAUGA